AUAGGUCUAGAUUGUUUUUAAUUUUUCAACAUGCCUCUCCACGUGAAAGCAAAAUCCAAAUGGAAAUCAGUCACUAUUGACAAUGAAUCCUUCCAAAAGGGUAAUCUCAAAGAUCUUCUCUGCUGUGAAGAAUUGUCAUCAUAUGAAAUUAUUUCUGAUAAUCCCGUAGUGAAAAAGAAAAGCAAUGAUACAACAAUACGGUCAAAUAGCAUGAAGGCUACAUCUCCUUCUGAGGAAUCAAAAUUGAAGAAAAAGAAAAAGAGGAAAAAGAAAAAGCCCAAACCAGCAGAAAGUCCAAAUACGAGCGAUGAAAAAACUGAUGAUGUUAAUGAGAAAGUGAUCAUAAAAGAAAAUAACAAGAAGAAAACAGUUCAAAAAAUCAAAGAGAUUAAGCAGGACCAAUCUAAAUCUGUCAAACAAACUAAAUCAAAUAAAAAGCAGAAAUCUGGUGGUAAGAUAGUUCAACAUGGUGUGAUUGAGGACAUUGCUAAGUCAGAUGCUCCUGAGGAGGAGCAAGAUAAUGACAAAACAAAGCAGUUUAGUAAGAAAAAAAAGAAAAGAGGCAAGCGGGGCAAAAGGAAAAAUAACCAAGCGGUAAAAGAUGAACCAGUCUCCAAGAAGCAGAAAGUAAAUGAUGUAUCAAAAGAAACUGAAGAGUCGAAAGAUGAGGAAAAGGAAACCAAAGCAGAUAUGUCUGAAUGGAUGAACCUGUAUGUGCCAGAGCCUGUUCUGAAGUCUCUUGGAGAAGAAGGCUUCACAACCCCCACCCCAAUACAGACGCAGAUCCUCCCUUCUGCUAUAAGAGACAGAAUGGAUGUUAUAGGAGCUGCAGCAACAGGGAGUGGAAAGACAUUAGCAUUUGGUAUACCUUUAAUCCACAAUAUAUUAGCAUAUAAAGAGAAAAUAAAACAACAACUCGAGUCAAGAACUAAUGGUACUGAUAUCUCAGAUUCAAGUGAUAAUGAAGAAAGUGAUAUUGAAGACAGUGAUAAUCACAGUGAGAGUGAUCAAGAUAUAGUCCAAAAUGAAGAGAACAGUGAGACAAAUAAUGAUAGCGAUGAGGAUGAAAAUGAUGAAGAGACUGAGAACAGUUCAGACAAUGGGGAGGAAGAUCAGGACAUGGACUAUGAAAAUGCUAAACCCAUAGAGCUCAGUAGUUUUGGGUUAGAUGUUACUGACUUAGACACAGGUAUUGGGAGUGAUGAGUCUGAUGAGGAGUUUGAUAGACCACCUUCAGAUGAUGAUGACUUCUCAGAUGAAGAGGCCACUACAGGGUGUGUCAGGGCUGUGAAUAAUGUGAAGUUUCCCUGGUUAGAUGAGGAACCUACAGCCCCUACAAAAGCAGUCAAACGGUAUCAGAAUGGACCCCUCUUAGGCCUCAUAUUAACCCCUACUAGGGAAUUAGCCAUCCAAGUGAAGAAUCACCUUGAAACAGCAGCCAAAUAUACAGAUAUUAAGGUUGCAGUUAUUGUUGGUGGAAUGGCUUCCCAAAAGCAGGAACGUAUACUAAAACGUUGCCCUGAGAUCGUCGUGGCAACUCCUGGUAGAUUAUGGGAACUGAUUGAACAAGGAGAGCCUCACCUAGCAACCAUCAAACAGUUACCCAACCUUAUCAUUGAUGAAGCUGACAGAAUGGUUGAGAAAGGUCAUUUUGAGGAGAUGGAGAAGAUCCUAGAGUUGGCAAACGAGAAUGAAGAUGUUAGAAAAUCUCGGCAAACAUUUGUAUUCUCUGCAACUUUGACGCUCAUCCACAGUGGUCCACUGAGAGUCAUGAAGAAACAGAAGAAAGCUAUCAAGAUGGAUAAAGCCUCAAAACUAGAGGAGCUUGUUCGUAGACUUGGUGUUAAAGAUAAGCAUAAAGUUGUGGACCUGUCCCCCAGUGUUGGUACUGUUGAUACUCUAACUGAGGCCAAGAUCCCUUGUACCACUGAGGAUAAGGAUGUAUAUCUGUAUUACAUUCUGGCACAUUACCCGGGUAGAACGCUGGUGUUUGCCAACAGUAAGGAUUGUGUCAGACGUCUCACGUCUAUUCUCACCCUACUGAAGUGUAACCCACUGCCCUUACAUGCAGAUAUGCAGCAACGACAGCGACUAAAAAAUCUGGAUAGAUUUACAAGUAAUGCAAAAGGGUUGCUAUUGGCAACAGAUGUAGCAGCUAGGGGACUAGACAUACCUAAUGUAGAACAUGUUAUUCACUAUCAAGUACCAAGGACCUCAGAGAAUUAUGUCCAUCGCAGUGGACGCACAGCCAGGGCUAAUAAAGAGGGACUUAGUGUUAUGUUAAUAGGACCAGAGGACAACAGAUACUACAGGAAGAUAAUCAAUACACUCAACAAAGAUGAAGACCUGCCCAUGUUUCCAAUUGAAAUUGCCUACAUGAAUACAAUGAAAGCACGAGUUCAACUUGCACGCCGCAUUGACAAGCAGGAACAUGGGGCAAAGAAGAAACAUGUACAAAAUGACUGGUUCCUUAAGGCAGCUGAAGAGAUGGAGAUUGACGUAGAUGAUAAUCUGUUACAUGACAUGGGAAGUAGCUCAGAACAGGCCCACAGCAAACAAGAGUUGACAUACAUGAGACUGGAGUUAUCCAACAUGCUGAAACAACCUCUAUCACAGAGGAAUUUCUCAGGGAAAUAUCCAACAAAAUCUGGCAAAUUAGUUGUUCCUUAUUUAGAAGUUGCCUCCACAAAGACUGCUGUGACAACAGUACAAGAGGCAAAGAAGACGAAACAAGAUUCAGUGACUCUGCCAUCAAAACGAAAGAAAAAGAAUAAAUUUAAAAAUAAACAAAAAUAAAAUGGACAUUGAACAUUUGUUUCCUGUAAAAGAUGUAAUAAUUUAUUAAUUAGCAGAAUCUAUGCUAAUACAUACUUGAUUUUAUGCUCUCCAUGAGGU